AUGGAGAGCAACAAGUUAGUUGAAGAAAUGAGGACAGAAAAUGUUGUAAACUGCUUAUACCAACAACCUGACACAAUUUUUAAGCUGAUUUGCUUUCCGUGGGCAGGAAGUGGAUCUAUCCAUUUUGCAAAGUGGGGCAAAAGUUUUCAUCAUUCAAUAGAAGUUUCUUCUAUAAGGCUUCCUGGAAGAGAAAGUCGAUAUAAAGAACCAUUUGCAACAAACUUGGAGCAUGUUAUUGCUGAAAUUUCUAAUGCUUUGCUGCCACUACUCCAAGAUAUACCUUUUGCAUUUUUUGGUCACAGCAUGGGAUCAUAUAUUGCUUAUUUGACAGCUCAACACUUAAAACAAAAUCACGGGUUAGAACCAGUGCAUAUUUUUGUGUCAAGCACAAGUGCUCCACAUAAAAAACCCCAUUUCUACCUUGCAAGUACUACCAGUAUGUCAGAAGAGCAACUGCACCACUUCAUCAUAAAUAUGGGUGGCACUCCUAAGGAGAUUCUUGAAAACAAAGAACUUUUGGAAAUGUUUCUUCCUGUUUUUAAAGCAGAUGUUCGAAUGACAAGCAAUUACACCUUUGUCAAACCAUCAAAGGCUCUUCUCUCUUGUGAUAUUACAUGCUUUUCUGGGACUGAAGAUUUGGUAGAAAUGGAAGGUUGGGAGGACCUAACCAGUGGGAGUGUUGAUAAUUACAGGCUUCCUGGGGAUCACUUUUAUCUCAUUAAGCCUUCCAAUGAGACUUUCAUCAUCAACUAUAUAACCAAAUGCCUGGAAUUGUCACAUUUUGCCUGA